AUGGCCUUAAUGGCGGUGCGAGGAACAGUGGAGGAAUCCUAUGGAAAAUUAUCAUCAUACCUAUUCAUGUUGGCGAAGAUUAACCCAGGUACCAUAACUGACAUUCAGACGGAUGAGCAUGGCCACUUCAGGUGUAUGUUCAUGUCCCUAGGCUUCUCAAUCAGAGGUUUCAGGUAUUGUCAUUCAGUAUUGUGCGUCGAUGCCAAUUUUCUUAAACACAAGAUUGGAUGUCAAUUAUUGGUUGCGAUUGCAUUAGAUGCAAAUGAACAACUAUAUCUCGUUGCUUUUGGCGUCGUUGAUUCGGAGAAUAAUAACUCUUGGACAUAUUUCAUGCAACAACUAAGAGUGGCAAUUGGAGUAGUCCUGGAUCUCGUCUUCGUAUUUGAUAGACACCCAAGUAUUGUCAAUGACUUGUCCUCUGUUUUUCCAGAAGCGCAUCACGCUGCAUGCACAUACCACAUCAAAAUGAAUAUUAUGGCCAAAUUUAAAACCGAUAAUUGCCACGAUGAGUUUGACAUGGCUUCACGCGCAUAUACAGUGUCACAGUUCCAUCACCAUUUUGAUAAGAUCAAGACUAAGGACCCUCAAAUUGCUGCCUAUCUAGAACAAAUAUGA